CACCAGAAUGUUGUGGAGCUGGCUGAGAGCGGCAUUUGACCAAGAUGUGCUCUGUUUUGCUGAAAUUCUGAACAGUCCAACAGGGGUCUCUGUUUUCCUGCCGCUAGCUCUCUCUGUUCACUCGGAGCCUCGAUGUGCGCAGAGAGGAGGAACAUGUCCGCCGUGCAGCUGCUGCGGGUGUCGGUACAUGAGCGGAUCAACGCUGCCACUGAAGACUUCCUGCUGCAGGUGGAGAAAGGAGGAGGAACUGCUCAAGCCCCGGCGCUGAGAGCAAUGCUAACCGAGCGGCUUACGGCGGCGGGGAAGGAGAUCCUCGCGGGGCUUGAGGAAACCGUGGCAGAGUACGAGGACCGAGUGGAGCAGUCCGAGCGGUCAGAGCGCGAGAUCCGCCGCCAGAGGAGGCUGCUCGAUGCCGUGAUGCAGCCCGAAGUCCGGCUGCACAGAGCAGUGUGUCAUGCAAACGUCCAGCAACUGAUGGUGAAUAAAGAAGAGGUUCCCCCUGAGCAGCAGCAGUGGAGCCCCCUUGUGGACCAGGAGGACCCAGAGUCCCCCCACAUUAAAGAGGAACAGGAGGAACCGUGGACCAAUCAGGAUGGACAGCAGCUUGUAGGACUGGAGGAGGCUGAUAUCAAGUUCACAUUGACUCCUGUCGCUGUGAAGAGUGAGGAAGAUAAAGAGAAACUUAAAUCGUCAAAGCUUCAUCCGAGUGAGACGAAGGAGACCAGAGCGGACUGUGGAGGACCAGAACCAGCCAGGAACUCAGGUCCUGAUGGACAUUUACAACAAAGUACUGAGGACAAGACUGAAGACUCUUCUAAUGCUGCAGACAGUGAGGAUGAUUGGAUGGAGACCAGGGAACAUCAGACUGGUUUAAAUACAAGAAAUAACAAACAGCCUCUAAAUGAUAUUGGAUUUAAGACAGAAAAAAAAUCGUUUAGUUGCUCUGAGUGUGGUAAAAGAUUUAGCCGUAGCGACCAUCUAAAUUCCCAUAUUAGGAUUCAUACAGCAGAGAAACCAUUUAGUUGCUCUGAGUGUGGUAAAAGAUUUAACCAAAGGGGCAAUCUAAAUACACAUAUGAGGAUUCAUACAGGAGAGAAACCGUUUAGUUGCUCUGAGUGUGGUAAAAGAUUUAACACAGGACAAACUAAAUUCACAUAUGAGCAUUCAUACUGCAGAGAAACCAUUUAGUUGCUCUGAGUGUGAUAAAAGAUUUAACCAUAGGAGCAAUCUAAGUAUACAUAUGAGGAUUCAUACA